AUGGACAACAAACAACACGCGCUGGACACAGCCCAAGAGAAGAAAAGCGAGAACACGGGCAAAACAGACUUGCCAGAGGACGUAGAGUACGCCCUGGAAAUGCUCCGGCAAAUGGAGGUUUUCAAGAAGGAGAGCGACAUGGAGGAGUACAAGAACUCUCUGCUAAGCAGCGAGCUCCUCUCCAAAAAAACAUUUGAGGAUUUGAAUCUGCCCGAGAAUGUGAUAAAAGCUCUCCGUGCGAUGGAGUUUAAGAACCCGAGCACAAUCCAGCAGAACUCCAUCCCAGAGAUCGCCUCGGGAAGCGACGUAGCCUUCCAGAGCCACAGCGGAUCCGGAAAGACGAUCGCCUUUUUAUCAGGAGCCUUGUCGGUGAUAGAUAAAGACGUGAAAUCUCCGCAGGUGAUCAUAGUCACGCCCACAAGGGACCUGAGCAAGCAGAUACACGCUGUCCUCGAGAGAUUCUCCACUUUUGUGGAGUUUACGUCUUUGCUCGCCCUCCCCGAAGUGUUUGAGCGACACAGCCUGCCGAACGUCGACCAGCAGAUUCUCAUAGGCUCCCCAGGAACCCUUAAAAGACUCAUUUCCACAAUGGGAGAAACCCGCAUAAAAAUGGUCAUACUCGACGAGGCAGACGCCCUUUUGCAGGACGACAUGGGCGCACAGACUGUUUCAGUGGUGAGAAAGAUAAAGGACAAGCAGCUCGUGCUGUUUAGUGCCACUUUCAGCGCUAAAAUGAAGACAGUGAUCUCAACACUCUCAAAAAACAUAAAAACACACUAUUUGCAGACAGAUAACAUAAAACCAGAUAAUAUCACGCAGUUCUACAUGGACGUCCCAGAGAACAGAAAGUCAGAAGUCCUGCUGAAGCUCUACGGCCUCAUCACAGUCGGGCAGUCGAUCAUAUUUAUACACACGCGAGAGAAGGCAGCACGCGUCCAGGAGACCCUGAAAAGUGACGGAUUCGACUCAGAGCUGCUCCACGGACAGCUCACGAAGGAGCAGAGGGACAGCGUGAUCGAGCAGUUCAAGAAGGGCGCAGUGAAGGUUCUCGUCACCACAAACGUCCUCAGCAGAGGCCUCGACGUCCCGCAGCUGAACCUCGCAGUGAACUACGACAUACCAAGAACGCAGACAGGCGCAGUCGACAUAGAGACGUACGUGCACAGAAUCGGAAGGACAGGAAGAUUCAACAGAGCAGGCGUCUCAAUUACUUUCGUCGGCGGAGAGAGAGACAGAAUGGACCUCCACACGAUACAGAGAGAGGUUAAGUCCCCCAUAAAGUACAUUACGCUCGAGGCACUGAAGACAGCAAUAACAGAGAAGCUGAAGGAGUAG